AUGUCCCGUCGUGGUGUUGGCCUCGGAGCCUUUGCAAACCGAACUCAAGCCUCACAAUCUUAUGCUACUCAUGGCGCCAAUCUCCGCUCUACCCAUACUGCCUCCUUACAGACCCAGUUGUCGGUGUUCCAGUCCUUACUUCACACCUUCGCGCUAGAACAUAGCACUACGAUUAAAUCGAACCCAACCUUUCGAGCAGAGUUUGCGCGCAUGUGUAACACCAUCGGUGUCGAUCCUCUCGCUGCAAGCAACGUCAAGGGCAAGAAUGGCCGUCGCGGAUUCGGCGAGGGGGGUAGCUUCUGGACCCAGAUUUUAGGUGGAGAUAUGAAUGAUUUCUACUUUGAGGUUGCAGUCAGAGUUGUGGAAUUGUGCAGAGAGACUAGAGGUGAAAAUGGUGGGUUGAUUGGCGUUGAGGAGUGUCGCAAGCGAGUGGGGAAGGGCAAGGCGAUCGGAAGUGGCCUUGAGGUUUCAGACGAUGACAUUCUACGUGCAGUAAGGUCGCUUGAGCCUCUUGGCACUGGGUUCUCCAUCGUCAAUGUUGGCAGCAAGCAAUACAUUCGGUCUAUUCCCAAAGAACUCAACACCGACCAAGCGACAGUAUUGGAGGUCAUUCAGGUGCUGGGAUAUGUGAGCGUUUCAAUGCUGCGAUUGAACCUCAAAUGGGAAAAGGCUCGAGCACAAACAGUAAUUGACGACCUACUCGCAGAUGGUCUAGUCUGGUUAGAUUCCCAGGGCCCUGAGAAAGAGUAUUGGUCUCCUCAAAACCUUCUGGAUGAAAAUGAGUGA